AUCGACACGUGUCAGACAUUCCAACAAUCAAAACGACACCGUAUCAUCACCGCUCUCUGUUCAAGUCAAGGAUCGAUCCAUUACAAGCGGCUUGUUCUCUUUUUUUCCUUUGUAGCUAAGCAAAGCAUCUCAAUUUCAGAUAAUAAAUAUAAAAAAUAAAAAUAAAAAUAAAAUUCAAAGAGAAAGAGAGAAAGAGAUCUAGGGUUUUGAUUUUGAAUCUACAGACCAAAAAUGGCGUUGGAAUGGGUUGUGUUAGGCUACGCCGCGGCUGCAGAGGCAAUCAUGGUCCUCCUCCUCACCAUCCCCGGUCUCGAUGGUCUUCGCAAAGGUCUCGUCGCCGUAACACGUAAUCUUCUCAAACCGUUCCUUUCGAUUGUUCCCUUUUGUCUUUUCUUACUCAUGGAUAUUUACUGGAAGUACGAGACUCGUCCGAGUUGCGAAGCUGAUUCCUGUACUCCAUCGGAGUUUCUCCGUCAUCAGAAAUCAAUCAUGAAGAGUCAACGUAACGCUCUGUUGAUCGCCUCGGCUUUGAUCUUUUACUGGCUUCUUUACUCCGUAACUCAUCUUGUUGUUAGGAUUGAGCAGCUUAAUCAGCGCGUUGAGCGGUUGAAGAGAGAUUGAGUUUCUGGUGAGAGCUUAAACCGUUGAUUUUAAUGAAAGGGGUUUAUGAUUUGAUCUUGAUCGUAGGGAGUGGGUAAACUUUUGUUUAGUAUUUUGUGCUUUUGAAUUGCCUUAAUGAUGAUAAGUUGUUUCUUUUUUCUGCGGAGUAUUAGUAUUUUGUUGUACUGCAUUUGCUUUCCCUAAUCAUUUUGAAUUGAAUUUGUCACAAGUUUCAUUUGAAAAA